UUGACUCUGUGUUCCUUGCACGACUCCUCUUUCGUGUUUCCUACAACAGCCAUUGACUCUCGUCGACACAAAUCAAAUUGCAAAGAGAUUCGGGCAUGGACGAUAAGAGAGAAUCUCCACCGACGAUGAUACUUCAAUUCGCUCCAUUGAACAGCUCCGUCGACGAAGGUUUCUGGCACAGCUUUUCCUCUUUGAAACUCGAUAAACUCGGAAUCGACGAUUCUCCGAUCUCCAUCACCGGAUUCUAUGCACCGUGUUCUCAUCCGCAAGUCUCAAACCAUCUGACUCUUCUUUCGGAGUCAUUGCCUUCUUCUUCAGAUGAACAGUCAUCUACCGAGAGUACUAGUCAUGGGAAUAGGAACAAGUGUCCUGUUCCAGGGACUCUCUACAACACCAACACCGUCGAAAGCUUUACUAAACUCGACAAACAAAGCUUGUUAAAAUCAGAAGCAAACAAGAUUUGGGAAGAUAUUCAAUCGGGAAAGGCUCUCGAGGACUGUGCUUUGUUAUCUAGGUUCCUCGUUAUCUCGUUUGCCGACCUUAAGAAGUGGAGCUUUCGUUAUUGGUUUGCGUUCCCUGCACUUGUGCUUGAUCCUCCUGCAAGCUUGGUUGAGUUAAAGCCAGCUUCGGAGUAUUUUACUUCAGAAGAAGCAGAAUCAGUAUCUGCUGCUUGUAAUGAGUGGCGUGACUCAAGUUUAACAACUGAUGUUCCAUUCUUUUUGGUUUCGAUUUCUUCUGAUGAUUCAAAAGCUACCAUCAGACAUCUUAAAGACUGGGAAGCUUGCCAAGGUGAUCACCAAAAGUUACUUUUCGGUUUCUAUGACCCGUGUCACCUUCCUAGUAACCCUGGCUGGCCACUUCGGAAUUAUCUUGCACUUAUUCGCUCAAAAUGGCACCUCGAGACUGUUUGGUUCUUCUGCUACAGAGAGAGCCGCGGUUUCGCUGACAUGAGCCUUUCUCUUGUUGGUCAAGCCUCCAUUACACUCUCAUCUGAUUCAUCUGUACCUAACUCAGUGGGAUGGGAGCUUAACAAAGGAAAACGAGCCCCCCGAUCCAUUAGCCUUGCUAACUCCAUGGAUCCAACAAGGUUGGCUGUUUCUGCUUGUGAUUUAAACUUGAAGUUAAUGAGAUGGCGUGCGUUACCGUCUCUAGACUUAAACGUUCUGUCCUCUGUGAAGUGCCUUCUUCUUGGAGCUGGUACAUUGGGUUGUCAAGUUGCUCGUACUCUUAUGGGUUGGGGAAUCCGCAACAUAACCUUUGUAGACUAUGGCAAAGUAGCUAUGUCUAAUCCUGUCAGGCAAUCUCUGUACACGUUUGAAGACUGUGUAGGCCGUGGCGAGUUCAAAGCCGUAGCUGCUGUUAAAAGCCUUAAACAGAUCUUUCCAGCUGUGGAAUCUAGUGGAGUUGUUAUGGCUAUACCGAUGCCUGGACAUCCCAUCUCUAGCCAAGAAGAAGAGUCUGUUCUCGGUGAUUGCAAACGCCUUCGUGAUUUGAUUGAAUCUCAUGAUGCAGUGUUCUUGUUGACUGAUACAAGAGAAAGCAGGUGGUUACCUUCUCUUCUUUGUGCUAAUGCUAAUAAGAUUGCUAUAAACGCGGCUUUAGGUUUCGAUAGCUACAUGGUAAUGCGACAUGGCGCUGGCCCCACCUCGUUAACUGAUGAUAUGCAGAAUCUUGACAUGAACAAGGCAGGAAGACAGAGACUUGGUUGUUACUUCUGCAACGACGUUGUUGCACCUCAAGAUUCAAUGACUGAUCGAACACUGGACCAGCAAUGCACUGUUACACGCCCGGGGUUAGCUCCCAUUGCAGGAGCUCUGGCCGUUGAACUCUUAGUCGGAGUUCUACAACAUCCACUUGGUAUAUAUGCAAAAGGAGACAACUCGAGCUCGAGUAAUGGAGGAAACACCGAUGAAUCACCUCUAGGGAUCUUACCUCAUCAGAUUAGAGGCUCAGUUUCUCAGUUCUCACAGAUCACACUGCUAGGACAAGCCUCCAACAGCUGCACAGCUUGUUCUGAAACUGUGGUGUCAGAGUAUCGAGAAAAAGGAAACAGUUUCGUACUUGAAGCUAUUAACCAUCCUACAUACCUGGAGGAUCUUACCGGUUUAACCGAGCUUAAGAAAGCUGCUAAUUCGUUUAGCCUCGAUUGGGAAGACGAUGAAGACGACGAUGAAGCUGUAGAUAUGUAAUAAAUUAUUUUCAUUACAGACUUUAUAUGGUGGUCAUGUCGUCUUGUUGAUAAUCACAAGUGUCGGGACCAUCAUUUUCCAAGUUAAUUUCGCUAAGAACAUUAGUUAGUUGCCAUUCAUAGCAGUGUUGAUUCACGUCUUAUUGUUGAUAAAUUUUACACUCCUUUCUUAUUCUCUAUAGUUUUUCCGAUUUGAAACGCUA